CGGCGCCGCCGCGGCCAUGGGGAGCUGAGGCGGCGGCAGAGGCAGCGGCCCCGGCCCGGCCCGGCCGCCCGCCCGCUCCCCAUGGGCUGCGGGGCCGCGGGACAUGGAGCGGUGCGCGGCCCGCCGAGCCCCGGAGGAGGAGCGUCGAGUGCGAGCCAACGCGCGGGAGUACAACGAGAAGUUCCAGUACGCAAGCAACUGCAUCAAGACCUCCAAGUACAACAUUGUCACCUUCCUGCCUGUCAACCUCUUCGAGCAGUUCCAGGAAGUGGCCAACACCUAUUUCCUCUUCCUCCUCAUCCUGCAGCUGAUUCCUCAGAUCUCUUCACUCUCCUGGUUUACCACCAUCGUGCCUUUGGUUCUUGUCUUAACCAUCACAGCUGUCAAAGAUGCCACCGAUGACUAUUUCCGCCAUAAAAGUGACAACCAGGUGAACAACCGGCAGUCUCAGGUCCUGAUCGGUGGAGUCCUUCGGCAGGAGCAGUGGAUGAACGUCCGUGUUGGAGACAUCAUCAAGUUGGAGAACAACCAGUUUGUGGCGGCUGACCUCCUCCUCCUCUCCAGCAGUGAACCCCAUGGGUUAUGCUACAUAGAGACUGCAGAGCUGGAUGGAGAGACCAACAUGAAGGUGCGCCAGGCCAUCCCCGUCACCGCGGAGCUGGGGGACACCAGCCAGCUGGCUCGCUUUGAUGGUGAGGUAAUCUGUGAACCCCCCAACAACAAGCUGGACAAGUUUGGUGGGACACUGUACUGGAAGGAGAACAAGUACCCCCUGAGCAACCAGAACAUGCUGCUGCGGGGCUGCGUCCUGCGCAACACUGAGUGGUGCUUUGGCCUCGUCAUCUUUGCAGGACCUGACACAAAACUGAUGCAGAACAGCGGCCGGACCAAAUUUAAGCGGACAAGCAUCGACCGGCUGAUGAACACGCUGGUGCUCUGGAUCUUUGGGUUCCUGGUAUGCAUGGGAGUGAUCCUGGCCAUUGGCAAUGCCAUCUGGGAGCACGAGGUGGGCGUCUGCUUCCAGAUCUACUUGCCCUGGGACGAGGGGGUGCACAGUGCCUUCUUCUCUGGCUUCCUCUCCUUCUGGUCCUACAUCAUCAUCCUCAACACUGUGGUGCCCAUCUCGCUCUAUGUGAGCGUUGAGGUGAUCCGGCUUGGGCACAGCUACUUCAUCAACUGGGACAAGAAGAUGUACUGUGCCAAGCGCCGGACGCCGGCCGAAGCCCGCACCACCACCCUCAACGAGGAGCUGGGGCAGGUGGAGUACAUCUUCUCUGACAAGACUGGCACCCUCACCCAGAAUAUCAUGGUCUUCAGCAAGUGCUCUGUGAACGGGCACAGCUAUGGUGAUGUGCAGGACAUGCUGGGUCACAAGGCAGAGCUGGGAGAGAGGCCAGAGCCAGUAGACUUCUCCUUCAACCCACUGGCGGACCCACGGUUCCAGUUCUGGGACCCCAGCCUGCUGGAAGCUGUCAAGCUGGGAGACCUCCACGUGCACGAGUUCUUCCGCCUGCUCUCGCUCUGUCACACCGUCAUGUCCGAGGAGAAGAGUGAAGGGGAGCUGUUGUACAAGGCACAGUCCCCAGAUGAGGGAGCGCUGGUCACGGCUGCCAGAAACUUUGGCUUUGUGUUCCGGUCGCGCACGCCCAAGACCAUCACAGUGCAGGAGCUGGGUCAGGCCGUCACCUACCAGCUGCUGGCCAUCCUGGACUUCAACAACAUCCGCAAGCGCAUGUCUGUCAUCGUCCGCAGCCCUGAGGGCAAGAUCCGCCUGUACUGCAAAGGUGCUGACACCAUCCUGCUGGAGCGGCUGCACCCCCUCAACCAGGACCUGACCAGCGUCACCACCGACCACCUCAAUGAGUACGCUGGCGAGGGGCUGCGGACGCUGGUGCUGGCUUACAAAGACCUGGAGGAGAGCUACUACAAGGACUGGUCCGAGCGGCUGCAUCGAGCUGGCAGUGCCCCUGAGGCCCGUGAGGAUCAGCUGGCUCGGCUCUACGAUGAGGUGGAGCAUGAUAUGAUGCUGCUUGGAGCCACAGCCAUCGAGGACAAACUGCAGCAGGGGGUCCCCGAAACCAUUGCCAUCCUGACGCUGGCCAACAUCAAGAUCUGGGUGCUGACAGGGGACAAGCAGGAAACAGCUGUGAACAUCGGCUACUCCUGCAAGAUGCUGACAGAUGACAUGACAGAGGUGUUUGUGGUCACAGGCCACACUGUGCUGGAGGUGCGAGAGGAGCUAAGGAAAGCCCGGGAGAAGAUGAUGGAUGCAUCACGUUCUGUGUGCAAUGGCUUCUCCUACCAGGAGAAACUCUCCUCCAAGCUUACCUCUGUGCUGGAAGCCAUUGCAGGCGAAUAUGCCCUGGUCAUCAACGGGCACAGCCUGGCCCAUGCACUGGAGGCAGACAUGGAGGUGGAAUUCCUGGAGACAGCGUGUGCCUGCAAGGCUGUUAUCUGCUGCCGUGUCACACCCCUGCAGAAAGCCCAGGUGGUGGAGCUGGUGAAGAAGUACAAGAAAGCCGUCACUUUGGCCAUUGGGGAUGGGGCCAACGAUGUCAGCAUGAUCAAGACUGCCCACAUUGGGGUGGGCAUCAGUGGGCAGGAAGGCAUCCAGGCCGUGCUGGCCUCCGACUACUCCUUCUCCCAGUUCAAGUUCCUCCAGCGCCUGCUCCUGGUGCAUGGGCGCUGGUCCUACCUGCGCAUGUGCAAGUUUCUUUGCUACUUCUUCUAUAAGAACUUCGCUUUCACCAUGGUCCACUUCUGGUUUGGCUUCUUCUGUGGCUUCUCAGCACAGACAGUGUAUGACCAGUACUUCAUCACGCUGUACAACAUUGUCUACACGUCGCUGCCUGUGCUCGCCAUGGGUGUCUUUGACCAGGAUGUGCCAGAGCAGCGGAGCAUGGAGUACCCCAAACUCUACGAGCCUGGGCAGCUGAACCUGCUCUUCAACAAGCGGGAGUUCUUCAUCUGCAUUGCCCAGGGCAUCUACACCUCCAUCCUCAUGUUUUUCAUCCCCUACGGUGUCUUCGCUGAUGCCACCCGUGAUGACGGUGCCCAGCUGGCCGACUACCAGUCCUUUGCCGUCACUGUCGCCACCUCCCUCGUGAUUGUUGUCAGUGUGCAGAUCGGGUUAGACACAGGAUUCUGGACAGCCAUCAACCACUUCUUCAUCUGGGGCAGCCUGGCCGCCUACUUCGCCAUCCUCUUCACCAUGCACAGCGACGGCCUCUUCCGGAUGUUCCCCAAUCAGUUCCGCUUUGUGGGUAACGCGCAGAACACGCUGGCCCAGCCCACGGUCUGGCUGACCAUCGCCCUCACCGCCGUAGUCUGUAUCGUGCCCGUUGUGGCCUUUCGCUUCCUUAAGCUGGACCUGAAACCCGAGCUCUCUGAUACGGUGCGCUACACUCAGCUGGUACGGAAGAAGCAGAAGACGCAGCACCGGUGCAUGCGGCACGCAGGGCGUGCGGGCUCACGCCGCUCUGGCUACGCCUUCUCCCACCAGGAGGGUUUUGGGGAGCUCAUCAUGUCUGGCAAGAACAUGCGGCUUAGCUCCUUGGCGCUCUCCAGCUUUGCUCCCCGCCCCAGCGCCAGCUGGAUUGACACCCUGCGGAAGAAGAAGGGCUGCGAGGGCAGCAGUGCCGGCAGCCCCGGUGGCGCAGCCGACAAGACUCUCAGGGUGUGAGGCUGGAGGGGGUCACAUCCCCUCCUCUGCAGCUGGGGGCUCCCCUCCUCUGCCCCGGCCCUGGGGAGGGCAAAGCCCCUUGUCAGCCGGGUCCCAUGGUAGGAGCAGAGGUGAUGUGGGGGCCAGUGCUGAGGUUUGGAGGAGUCUGGACUGUCGCUUUCUAGCCAAAAAAUACACCCGGGGAGGGUGGAUGGAUGGAUGGAUGGAUGGAUGGAUGGGUGGAUGGGUGGAUGGAUGGAUGGAUGGAUGGAUGGAUGGAUGGAUGGAU